CCUUCAGUCUCUCACCGCCUACUAUACAGUCUAUGCCGACUACUCAUGACAAGAGACUCAAAGAGGGAUUCGUAAUGUUACCACAUUGCGGGUGAUAAUCAUUACAGUUUGAAGAGAAUUCAUUCGAAGGCAAGGGGUGCAGUGUUUGGUGAAAUAGCCCAUGAGGUGAAAAAACCCAAAGGAGAGGUCACUGUGGUUCAUCUCUUAGCCCUAACCCUGAUUGACCCUGCUGCCUACUUUCUCCCACCAUCACUCCAAGAGGAGGCUGGGCUCCCUCUGGGUGCAAGAAACACCAUGUGCCAAAACUGGAGAGGACUCACCACUGUCCCAUAGACCUCCAAACCUCUUGUGAACCUUCCCCUCUAGUCUGAGGACCCUCCUAAUCCUCCACAUUGCCCACUGGCCAAGAUGAAGAAAGUGGCAGCAUGGUCAGCAGAGGACGUCUCUGACUGGCUCAGCAAAGAGGACAUGCCUGAGUACGUAGAUGCCCUCCGUCAGACAGACGGCUCUACUUUGCUCAGGCUCACCAAGGCAGAUUUUCAGAUGCCCCCCCUCUCGCUAGUAUCGUCUGAUGGCGGGCAGCAUCUGCUGGAUCGUCUGGAAACGCUGCGGAUAGAGACUCAUAUCGAGGCUCACAAAAAUGGCCACGCAAAUGGGCAUGCUGGCGGGCUACCUAACGGAACUAGCAAGCUUCAUAGGAAUGGCACAGUAGAGAUGAAGGACUUCAGGAUGGAGAUGGUCCACAUCCCCAUCCCUACAAUAGAAGCCACGCGCUCCUCGUUCCCUGCCGAGUGGGGGAAGACGGGCAUAGCGUUCAUCUAUGCGGUAGUGUGCUUUGUAACCACCACCGUCGUCAUUUCAGUGGUCCAUGAGAGAGUGCCGCCAAAGGAGCACACCCCACCACUGCCUGAUAAGUUCUUCGACCUGUUUAACAGGGUGGAGUGGGCCUUCUCCAUCUGUGAGAUUAACGGCAUGCUGCUGGUGGGACUCUGGCUUAUACAGUGGAUUCUACUCAAGCACAGGUCAAUUAUAGGCAGGCGGUUCUUUUUCAUUGUGGGCACACUCUAUCUGUACCGGUGUAUUACAAUGUACAUCACCACUCUACCUGUUCCUGGGAUGCACUUCAAAUGCUCUCCAAAGCUUCUCGGGAACUGGGAGGCACAGAUGAGGAGAAUAAUGAAGAUGAUUGCUGGUGGGGGCCUAUCUAUCACAGGCUCCCACACCAUGUGUGGCGAUUACCUGUAUAGUGGCCACACCGUCAUGUUAACGCUAACGUACCUCUUCAUCAAAGAGUAUUCCCCCAAGCGGCUCUGGUGGUACCAGUGGUUUUGCUGGACAUUGAGUGCUGUGGGGAUUUUCUGUAUCCUGCUGGCCCAUGACCACUACACUGUGGAUGUGGUGGUUGCAUACUUCAUCACUACACGCCUCUUUUGGUGGUACCACACUAUGGCCAACCAGCAAUCGCUGAAGGAGACAUCACAGAGUAACCCAUUCUCGCGGGUGUGGUGGUACAGACUGUUCCAAUACUUUGAAGAGAAUGUCAACGGCACGGUCCCUCGGAGCUAUCAGCUGCCAUUUUCGUGGCGAGUGUUGCAGUGGAACCGCGGCGUGAAGUACAGCAGACUGGACAUCCAGUGACCCUUAUUAUGUCAAAGCAGGCGGAGGACUAUGACUUCCAUAAGUGCUGUUUAUACCCAUGGAAGAUGACACUGUUAAAUGUAGCGCUGUCCUUUCACCUCUAGUAACAGAGACAUCCCUGUCCAAAUGGGUAGCACUGUGACCCACUUGGUAUUUUUGCUUUCUCUCGUCCUUUUUCUCUCCUGGUAGUAUUUGUCAACACAGAGCACUAAUUUAUAUUUGUUUUGUGUCUUUUCCUCUUCGUGAGCCACAUAACAGUUGCUGCUUUUGUACCACAUCUAUGGAGCAUUUAGAAAAACCUCUAAAACUCAACAGUUUUUGGCAUAAGGACUCAAAUUUUGUUUUCCCCUCUCUGCACAAAACCAUAGUUAAUGUCUUCAUGUUCUUACAAGAUUUUUAGUGCAAAUGGUGUCAAUCAAAUGCUUAUUUGAUAACCAAAAUGCCAUAAGCAUUUUCCUUUUUUUUAUAGCAAAUUACUUUUUGUAAACAGUCCUUGCUAAAAUGAGUCAAAAGGUGCAAAAAAUAAUUUUUUUAAGUAUGUCAAACUUUAUUUUUCAAAAAACAAUGAUGUCCAAGAAAAGAUUUUUAGAUUUUUACCUUUUUCAAGACGGACCUGAGAGCAUAAGAAUCUAACGUGGUAUAACAAUAUUCCAGUGCCUUUCUUAGCUUGAUUGUAAAACAGUACAAGUAAUAUGUGUCUUGUGUCUCUCUGCCGCGGGUGUAACCACACCCUGGUGCGAGGUGGUACAUAGUUAACAGUCUCGUGAAUUCCAUGAAUGUAAAAACAACUACGCCAGCCUUACCAGAAAAUUGGUUUUCCCCAAAUUUAAGUGCAGUCAGUGAAAUGUCCCGUUUAUUUAUUGAAGCUUUAUGAUGUCUAUGUUUAGUUGGUUAAUGCUGUUCUAACAGAAAAAAAGACUGUUAAUUGUAUUUUUUUGUCUAACAUUUCAUUUUUACCAGUCAGUCUUUAACCAACACCAGCCAUGUUCAAACCCUGAUCAUUGAUGCUCAGUCUCCUAUGGACACCACAUUCGCUAGUUUUACUUUGCACCACAGUAUCUGCUAGACAUCACUGCCUGAUUAGAAAUUGGAUAAGAAAUGUCUCUAAAUGGCAGAGUGAAGUUAAAUCUGGAGAUAAUGAGCUCCUCUCUUGUUCCCCACAUUAAGUCCCAUUUUGAAAUCAGAAUUAUCCUCAUUACGGUCUUGUCUUGUAACCUUAUUGGUGAUGAGGUCUAGAGGAAAAUGUUAAAUUUAAGGAACAGAACAGAAGCUUCAGGCAACGUUUCUGAGUAUGUCUGUAAUGGUAUGGGCUUGGUACAGGUUGACAGUGUAUCCUCUACAUUGUCUCCUAAAGUGCAACGAUCUUUUGGAGAAGAAGCAAACACUCAACGUGAAACUUGUGUGUGGGGAAUAAGCUGAAGCAUGAUGAUGCGCAGAGCUGCAUAUAUAUUUUGCCGCAUAUGUGCAAACAGGAUAACAGAUUUCCAUGAAUGUGAAAGUGCAUCCUUUUAUUGAUGAUCAUAUCAUGUACACAUUUACAUGGUGUUUUGCUUUUCUUUUGUCUUAACUAUGACUGAACUGAAAAGAGUAAGUAUUAGAUUUAACUUUUAUUUUAAAUUAAAGAGAUAAGCUUUGAUGAAGAAAAAUUGCACUAAGCUUUAGAUUAUACAAAAUCCAAAUAAAUAAUAAUUAUGAGGUGACUAAUUUCUUAAUGUUGUCAAAAAGAGGAGGUGAGGAAAUAACAUUAUUUUCGACAUGAGCUUAUGAAGGUAAUAGCUUUCAAUGCCAACAUGACGCUUUAUUUUUGAGACAAAUUAGAGACUUGCCCUCCUUCUUGUAGCACUGUCCAGUCAUUUCAUGUUUCUCAGAGAACGGCAGUUUUUAAGAGCACAGCAGCUUCCACGCAAACGGCCAUAUAGAGUUGUUUGAAGUAAUGGUCCCAACAGGGCUCUCUAAUAAUGAUUGAGGGCUUUGAUAAGGAUUUAGGUUGGAGUUAAUGUUUGUCCUAUAGUUUGCCAAUUAAGUUGGAUUGUUUUUUUUUUGUUUGUUUUUUUUUGUCUCCAAGAAAUCAAAACUGGUUAUCGUAUAUGUUUCUCUGUAAACUUCUCACCUUGUCCCUAUUUUGUGCGUAUACCAGAUGUUUGUAAGAUAUGAUAAAGGAUUCUACUUGGGAUGCUUUUGAAUAAAACAUUUUACUAUAAUGUA